UAACUUUUGAAUUUUUGCUUGCAGAGAAAAUAUAUGAAAAUUAAAGGAAAGGAAAAAAAAUCCUUCAAAUUUGAGAAAAAUAUAGAAUCUCUGCUCUGCUCGAGAUAGUUUUGCAAAUUUUGGUAUACUGUGAGAUUACAAACAGGAAAUAUAUAAGAUUUGAGAUUCUAACUUGUUUUGUUUUCCUUAGCUUUCUUGUAGUUUACAAUCAAAAAAAGGAAAACUUUCUUGUAGUUUAUAGUUGCUUUGUAGGUUAAGGAAUCUUGAGGACUUGUGUUUGCUUGUUCAGAAAGCAAACUUUGAGAGUUAGUGAACAGGGAAACACUGGGGAGGAUCUUUUUUGUGGUUUGUUAAUUCUUUUCUUGGAGUUUUGGGAAGUUGUUUAGUCUAUAUAGAUAUGAUUUAUAUUAUUUGUAUUAGAUAUUGGGGGAUCCUAUAGCAAUAGCAGCUAUGUAUUCUAGGUGUUGCUUGAUAGCCAAAUCGGAGAGAUGCUUUGGGAAAAAACCCUGCUGUUCAUUUUUAGUGCUUUCAGGAGCGUAUUUGCAUGCUCUUGUGCUUUUGAUCAAGGAAAAGUUCAAGGCUAAAUGGAAGGCUCUAGUAGCAGAGGCUGCCUUGGAUGCUAUACUAAACCCACACCGAUGGGUGAACCUUCACAGAGGCUGAGAAUUCAUGAUAAAUAUGUGAGGAGAAAUAGUGUAUCAGAGGAUUUCUGGAGUAGCAGCACUUUUGAAAUGGACAACAGUACAGUUCAAUCCCAGAGAAGCAUCUCAUCAAUUGGCACCUCAAACCAAGCCCCCCUUGAUCAACAGGGUUUUGAUGGCAGUGUAAGCAACGCAUCUGAGUUUGUAAAUCAUGGACUUCUUCUCUGGAACCAGACAAGGCAGCAAUGGCUUGGAAACAAAAGGUCACAGAGCCAUCCACAAGUUCGAGAACCCAAAAUAAGAUGGAAUGAAACUUAUGACAGUCUACUUUCAACCAAAAAGCCUUUCCGACAGCCCAUCCCCCUUCGUGAGAUGGUAGAAUUCCUUGUAGAUAUCUGGGACCAGGAGGGUCUGUAUGAUUGAGCAUGCAAAACUGGAAAGCUCUUAAAAUUUUCAAUCCUUUCUUUCUUACCUUUUUUUUUAGUCCCCAUUUGUAUUGAUUGUGUGUCUAGUGCUAAGGUUGUAUAUUUUCAAUUUGUAUUGAUUAUUGUUCCCCUUCUCUGCUUAGGUCCUUUAUGGGUGGACCAGACAAAGUGAAUUAUUGUGGGGUGUUUUAAAUAAAAAUGACCACUUGCAAUGGGACCAUA